AUGCGUUCAUUCCUUUUGUCCCUCGCCUUGUGCGUGUUGGUGGAUGGCCGUGCCUGUCGCUCACGUUCUGCCACCGCCGUGUACACGACAUCUGCUCCAUCCUCUCAUUACGGGUCGCAUACAUUGUCUUCGACCUCAUCGAUAGCAUUUUCGGCAACAUCAGGCUCGCCCAGUGCGUCCACAGUAUCAUCUUCUAUUAUAUAUGAGUCGUCGGUUGCCUCGGGCGCUUCUUCGACCUCUACGGAAGAGGAGUCCACAACGAGCACUCAAUCCUCUUAUAGUACGACGACGACGCCCGGAGACUCGACUACCAGCUCAAUCGGGCCAUCAGCUACCGCCUCGCUCGAUUCUUCGAGUAUGACCUCCGUGGUGUCGUCAUAUACUUUCGAAUCCUCUUCAUCCACAACCACCUCAGAAGAAAUGGCAUCAACAUCAACAUCAACAUCAACAACAGCCUCCUCCUCUUCUGUGGAGAAAACGACAUCAACGUCAACAUCAUCAUCGACCCCGCUUGCCACAUGCGAGAGUGGAAACCGGAUUUCCAACCCAAGCUUCGAUAAUGGUAGCCUUUCGCCAUGGUCUACCGCGGUCUGGAGCUAUGCGUCUGCGGACGUCGCGAGCGGUUGCGACGCUUUUGGAUCCAACUACUGCGUGCAUCUUGUACUCAUGGGUGCUCAUGACGAAGAAGAAGAAGCCGAUGUUAUACAGACCUUCGACACUGUAAUCGGCAACAGUUACAGUUUGAGUCUUGACGUGAAGGGAUCAUCAACUGUCACGUGCUACGUAAAUAAUGCUGUUGUGAAGAGCUGGAGUGUCGCUGCCACUAGCACAUGGCAACACUACGUUAGUGCUGCCAACUUUGUUGCGUCUUCUACACAAACAACUAUAACCUGCCAAUUGGUCGACUCCGGCAGUAAUGCACAAUCCAUGUAUCUCACCAACUUUAACGUCGAGUGUCAGACUGCAGCCUAG